AUGAAAAAUUGUAGGAAUAUAUUAAUCGAAAAAAUUUAUUUUUUACUAGCUAUUCUUGGGAUAUUAUCUGUCGUGUCAUUGUAUUUAUAUAUACCUAAUGAGAAUAUUAAUUUAAGUUUUCAUAAAUAUGAUUCAUAUAUAAGAAUAUUAUGCGAGAAAAAUCCAGAUGAUGAUCAAUUUGUGGGAAGUCUUUGUAGGACGGAUUGUAAUAGUAAUUACAAUGAAGAUAUAGAAAGAGAAAGUGAUAAAAAGAAAAAUAUAAUAUUGGAAUAUAUGGGACAAAACGGAAUGAAUAAAACUUACGAGUAUCAUAUGAAUUUAAUGACACCUUUAGAUAAAUAUGAAGAAAUACAAAACCAAGAUAGAGAAAAAGAUGAUCAAAACGAACGUCAGAAAAUGGAAAGAAAAGAAAUGGAGGAAAGAGAACAACGUGAAAGGAAAGAAAGGAAGAAACGGGAAGAACGUGAAAGGAACGAAAGGAAGAAAAGGGAAAAACGUGAAAGAAACGAAAGGGAAAAACAGGAAAAUAAAGAAAGGAAAGAAAGGGAGAAACAAGAAAGGAAGGAAAGAGAAGAACGUGAAAAGAAAGAAAAGAAGGAAAGAGAAGAACGUGAAAAGAAAGAAAGGAAGGAAAGAGAAGAACGCGAAAAAAAAGAAAGGAAAGAAAGAGAAAAGCAAGAAAAAAAAGAAAGGAAAGAAAGAGAAAAACGCGAAAAAAAAGAACGCGAACAAAGGGAAAAACAAUUAAAAAGGGAAAGACAAAAACGUGAAAAAGAGGAAAGGAAAGAAAGGGAAAGAAGGGAAAAACAAUUAAAAAAGGAAAGAGAAAAACAAGAAAAAAGAGAAAGGAAACAGCGUGAAAAACAAGAAAAGAAAGAAAGACAAAAACGUGAAAGAGAGGAAAGGAAAGAAAGGGAAAAGCGUGCUAAACAAGAAAAGAAAGAAAGGGAACAACGUGAAAAACAAGAAAAGAAAGAAAGGGAAAAACGUGCUAAACAAGAAAGGAAAGAAAAGGAGAAGCGUGAUAAACAAGAAGAAAAAAAAAGUGAGGAGCGCGAGAAACAAGAAAAGAAAGAAAAGGAGGAGCGUGAGAAACAAGAAAAGAAAGAAAGUGAGGAGCGUGAGAAACAAGAAAAAAAAGAAAAUGGAAAAUGCUUAAAACAAAAAAAUAUAAAAGAAGAAGGAAACAGGAAUAUUAAUAAAAACGAAGAUAAUCAAAAUAGGAAUAACAUGGAAACACGUCCUACUGAUAAAAACAAUAGAGUAUAA